GAGAGAGAGGUCAGAUCGAAUAAAUCAAAAGUAUAAAGGGACGCCAAUCUCGGAACUUAAGAUGAAAGUUUCCUCAGGAGUGCUUCUCGUCGUGGCUAUAAUUUUUAUUUUGACGUCUGACGAAAAUGGAUCAAAAUUAACAACAGUUCAAGGCGUAAACGGUGAUAUUUUUGCAAAUCAAGACAACAAUCCCUGGUAUAAAGAAGGUGUCAAGCUUAUUAAGGACAAUCUCAAGGUGAAACCGAACACAAACACUGCCAAGAGCGCAGUUCUGUUUUUGGGCGACGGAAUGGGUAUCAGCACCAUCACCGCUGCACGCAUCUUUGAUGGGCAGCAGAAGAAUAUGAAGUAUGGGGAGGAAAAUGUUUUGAGCUGGGAGGUGUUUCCCUGGUCAGCUCUGGCAAAGACAUAUACCGUUGACAUGCAGGGAACAGACUCGGCAAGUUCUGCUACAGCUUUUCUGAACGGCGUAAAGACAGACGAAGGAGUUCUCGGUGUAGACGAAUCUGUGAAAAAAAGCUACUGUAAAACUAUGACUGAGAAAAGUAAAGUUGUGUCGAUCCUGACGCUCGCCGAGAGGGCUGGGAUGUCCACGGGAAUCGUUACUUCCACACGAGCCACUCACGCGACUCCCGCGAGUUCUUACGCGCACUCAGUUAAUAGAGAUUGGGAAAGUGACAAAGACAUCAAAUCAAAGGAUGAUGGAACCACAUGCAAAGAUAUCGCAACGCAGCUUGUCGAGUAUCCUCACGGUAAUGGUAUAGAGGUUGUCUUCGCUGGGGGACGGCGGGAAUUUAUGCACAAAAACCAGUCAGAUCCAGAGUAUCCGGAAAAGAAAGGAGACAGGCAGGAUAACAAAGAUCUGAUUAAACAGUGGCUGGAGAAAUAUCCCGACUCACAGUACGUUUGGAACAAAACUGCCUUCGACAAGAUUGACGCGAAUAAGGUUAAUCGCGUGUUAGGACUCUUUGAGCCUUCUCACAUGCAGUACGAAUCAGAUCGAACCGCCUCCAGUACACCUGGAGAGCCGUCAAUUGCAGAGAUGACUGAAAAAGCCAUCAAAAUACUACAAAAGAACCCCAAGGGAUACUUUCUUUUAGUCGAAGGGGGGCGCAUUGAUCAUGCACACCAUGAUGGCUCGGCCUAUAAUGCACUUCAUGAAUCCGUCGCAUUCAACAAAGCAGUUCAAAAAGCGAAGGAUAUUGUGAAGACAGAAGACACCCUGAUAACAGUGACCGCUGAUCACUCCCACGUCUUCACAAUCGGUGGCUAUACAAAGCGUGGGAACCCUGUGCUGGGUGUACAGGUACAGGUAGACGGUAAAGUAGCCAAUGAUACCUUCGGUAAGACAUAUACCUCCCUUGGGUAUUUCGACGGUCCCGGUGGAUUGAAUGGUUCCCGCCCAGACUUGCGCGAUGUAGACACAGAAGCCAAAGACUUCCUUCAGCAAGCUACCGUCCUCCUUGAUUAUGAAAGUCAUGCAUCCGAAGAUGUUGGGGUUUUCGCAGACGGACCUGGUGCUUACUUAUUCCAUGGAGUAGUGGAACAGCCGUAUGUCUUUCACGUGAUGGAUCACGCCCUAUGUUUGAGUGAGAGUAAACAGGAUACAUGUGAUAAGCACGUGAGCAGAGGUGGCCCGAAUCCCAAAAGUGGAGGAAAUUCUCCCUCCAUGCCCACGGCAAUGUAUGCUCUGUUAAUCAUAGCCGUGAGGAUUUUUCAUUGAGUGAAGGUCACUUUGCUUUGCGAUGGGAUAGUUUAUGACUGGUUUUGUUGCAAGUUGAAAACUUCUCUUGUUUUGCAAGCAAAGUCAUUUAUGCUCAAAUUGAUAUUUACCUCUUCACAUCGCUCUCUUUUUUUAUUGAAACGUUUUGCUUAAGGUGUUGAUUUGUAAGAUUGUUUUCAGCAAUGAAAUGAAGAGUCUACCCAUAAUCAUUGAUAGUUAAUGGCUGUAGCCAAAAACAGUUAAAGCUAUAAAAAGAGCACAGCCGUGUAGAGAUUAGUUUAUUAAGCGAUAAUACCAAGAUUUGUUACAAUCUGUAAAUUGCAUGCUUUUUUUAUCGGUAGUUGUAGCACUGAUUAAAGAUAUUUGCGUACUAAUGAAAA